AUGGUUAAAGAAACGAAGUUUUACGACCUUCUAGGCGUUUCCGUGGAAGCCGAUGAAGUACAGAUCAAGAAAGCUUACAGAAAGCAGGCCUUGAAAUACCAUCCCGACAAAAACCCUAGCGACGAGGCUGCUGACAAGUUUAAAGAGUUGACCGUAGUUUACGAGGUGCUGAGUGACUCUCAAAAGCGUGAAGUCUACGAUCAAAUGGGUGAAGAAGGUCUCAGCGGUGGCGGUGGUGCUGGCGGUUUCGGCGGCGGUGGGUUCGGUGGUUUCGGAGAAGACAUUUUCUCCCAGUUUUUCGGUGGCGGUGGCGCUUCCAGACCAAGGGGACCACAGAAGGGCAAAGACAUCAAGCAUGAGAUGAGUGCCACGCUAGAGGAGCUUUACAAAGGCAGAACUGCUAAACUAGCCCUUAAUAAGCAAAUUCUGUGUAGAACAUGUGAAGGGCGUGGUGGUAAAGAAGGUGCUGUUAAGAAGUGUGUCUCUUGUAACGGUCUUGGUAUGAAGUUCGUUACCAGACAAAUGGGACCUAUGAUCCAGAGAUUCCAAGUCGAGUGUGACGCAUGUCAAGCGACUGGUACAAUCAUUGACGCCAAGGACCGCUGUAAGACUUGCAAUGGUAAGAAGGUUAUGAAUGAGAGAAAGAUUCUGGAAGUCCAUAUCGAGCCUGGUAUGAAGGAUUCCCAAAGAGUUGUCUUCCAAGGCGAAGCCGACCAAGCUCCCGACAUUAUCCCAGGUGACGUGGUUUUCGUUAUUUCUCAAAGACCUCACAAACACUUCGAAAGAAAGGGUGACAACCUGCACUACCAAGCUGAAGUCGAUCUACUCACUGCUAUUGCUGGUGGCGAAUUUGCUAUCGAGCAUGUUUCUGGUGAGUGGCUAAAGGUUGGCAUUAUUCCAGGUGAGGUCAUUUCUCCAGGCAUGACAAAGGUCAUUGAAGGCAAGGGUAUGCCAAUUCAGAAAUACGGUGGUUACGGUAAUUUGAUUAUUACUUUCAAAGUGAAUUUCCCCACAAGCCAUUUUGCCGACGAAGAAUCUCUAAAGAAGCUAGAACAAGUUCUACCACCUAGAACCAAGCCAAGCAUUCCAAAGAGUGCUGAGGUCGAGGAAUGCAUUUUGAGCGAUUACGAUGUUUCUAAGCAUUCCGGUAAACACUCUCAUGGUAGAGGUUCCAACUAUGAUUCUGACGAUGAAGAACAAGGUGGUGCCGAGGGUGUCCAAUGCGCGUCUCAAUAG